AUGAGAUUCUCUGCCCUCCUCGUCACCCUUGGCCUCACUGGCGCCCUGGCCACCCCCGCCCUCGUUGAGCGUGCUGGACCUGCUGUCGGCGUCAUCUCCGACAUCACCGACCAGACCCUUGCUCUGGGCUCGGCCGUCUCCGGCUACAACGGAGGCGACCCCUCGUCCGUCGAGUCCGCCUCCAAGAAGCUGAUCAGCACCAUCAACACCGGUGUCGACACCGUCAAGAACGGCGGUGCCAUCAGCACCAGCGAUGCCCUGGCCCUGACCCCCGCCGUCCAGGACCUGACCAAGAAGGUCCAGACUGUCGUCGACGACAUCAUCGCCAAGAAGGACAAGUUCACCGCCGCUGGCGCCGCCGGCACCGUCUACCAGUCGCUCCAGGCCCAGUACACCGCCGCCGAUAACCUGUCCAAGGCCAUCUCCGCCCAGGUCCCCGAGGCCCUUGCUAGCAUCGCCGCUGAGCUCUCCGCCGGCAUCACCGCCGCCAUCCAGAAGGGUGUCGACGCCUACAAGGGCUCCGAGAACGGCAGCGGCUCGUCUUCCUCCUCCGCUGCUCCCACUACUAAGACUGCGACUGCCACCGCGACUUCCACCGCUACCGCAACUGCCACCGCAACUGCCACUGCGACUGGCUCCCCAAGCUCCACCCCCGUCAUCCCCACUGGCAGCUCCUCCGGCAGCGCCACCCCUACGCCCUCCACCUCGGCCACCAGCUCCUCCGGCUCCGGCUCUGGCGCUGGCGCUGGCUCCGGCUCUGCUACCUCCUCUGCCCCCACCGGCCUCUUCACCGGUGCCGCCAACAAGGAGUACUUCAGCUACACCUUCGGCGGUGCCGUCGUUGCCGCUGCCAUCGCUGUUGCUUUCUAA